CAGACUGAUGUUCAGUGAAGGGUGUGAUGGUCACAGGUGCUGGAGAACGCAGAGGGAGCGAGGACCACGCCGUCAGUGGUGGCCUUCACAGCUGAUGCAGAGAGACUCGUGGGAAUGCCAGCCAAACGCCAGGCCGUCACCAACCCCAACAACACGCUCUACGCUACUAAACGCCUGAUCGGACGCCGCUACGACGACCCUGAAGUUCAGAAAGACCUGAAGAACGUGCCCUAUAAGAUCGUGCGUGCGUCUAACGGAGACGCCUGGCUGGAGGCCCACGGUAAACUGUACUCUCCCAGUCAGGCCGGAGCCUUUAUCCUCAUGAAGAUGAAGGAGACCGCAGAGAGCUACCUGGGUCACGCGGUGAAGAACGCUGUUAUUACUGUACCUGCUUACUUCAACAACUCUCAGAGACAGGCGACUAAGGACGCCGGACAGAUUGCAGGUUUGAAUGUGCUGCGUGUCAUUAAUGAGCCGACGGCUGCUGCUUUAGCCUACGGACUGGACAAGACUCAGGACAAAAUGAUCGCAGUGUAUGAUCUCGGCGGUGGGACGUUCGAUAUCUCUGUCCUGGAGAUCCAGAAGGGAGUUUUCGAGGUGAAGUCCACCAAUGGAGACACGUUCUUGGGCGGAGAAGAUUUCGACCAGCAUCUCCUCAGACAUAUAGUGAAGGAGUUCAAGAGAGAGUCUGGAGUGGAUCUGACCAAAGACAGCAUGGCUCUGCAGCGGGUGAGAGAGGCUGCUGAGAAGGCCAAGUGUGAGCUGUCCUCCUCUCUGCAGACGGACAUCACCCUGCCGUACCUGACGAUGGACGCCUCUGGCCCCAAACACCUGAACAUGAAGCUGACCCGCGCUCAGUUCGAGGGCAUCGUGGGGGAUCUGAUCCGCAGGACCGUGGCGCCCUGUCAGAAGGCCAUGCAGGACGCAGAGGUCUCCAAGAGUGAGAUUGGAGAAGUGCUGCUGGUGGGAGGAAUGAGCCGCAUGCCGAAGGUCCAGCAGACGGUCCAGGAUCUGUUCGGUCGCGCUCCCAGUAAGUCUGUGAACCCCGAUGAAGCCGUGGCCAUCGGAGCGGCCAUCCAGGGAGGCGUUCUGGCUGGAGACGUGACCGACGUGCUGCUGCUGGACGUCACUCCUCUGUCUCUCGGCAUCGAGACUCUGGGGGGAGUCUUCACCAAACUCAUCAACAGGAACACGACCAUCCCCACCAAGAAGAGCCAGGUCGCCCGAUGCCUUCUCAAGCUCGUGUAUAAAUCAAAUCUUCUGAAGAGACAUGAUCAUUUUAUAUGAUGGAUAGAUUUAAUAUAUGCUUUUAUUCACACAAUACGCAUAAAUAGAACUCGUCACACAUCGUAAACUUGCUUGGUACAUGAGAACAAACCUUAAUG